AUGGCAAACGCUCCUGCAGUCACCCAAGACCCCACAACCAUGCAGAGCUCAUCGGCAGAAGUCGAAAAGGAUGCAGCCAUCUUGUACGACUAUCUAAAGAUGGACAUGUCGCCUCGCACCGCCCAAGCAAUCGACGCCGUCUUCUGUCUCUGCAGUCUUGAUCUACGGGUAGCCGACCACGCUGCGAAGCUGUUCCUCGAAGGCACAGGGGACUAUCUCAUCUUCUCGGGCGGCUCCGGCGUGCUGACCGAGGGUCGCUUCGACGGCAAGCCGGAGGCCGAGGCCUUUGCCGACCGGGCCUGCGCACUGGGCGUGGACAGGGCGCGGAUCCUGGUCGAGCCGUCGUCGACCAACACGGGCGAGAACGUCCGGUUCACCUGGGCGCUCCUGGAGGCGCGGUCCCUCCGCCUCGGGUCCUUUGUCCUCGUGCAGAAGCCGUACAUGGAGCGGAGAACGUACGCGACCUUUUUGAAGCAGUGGCCCGAGGCCGACACGGCGGCCAUCACCAUCACGUCGCCGCCCCUGGCCUGGGACGAGUAUCCCGACGAGGAUAAUCCCCGUGACCUGGUCAUCAAUAUCAUGGUCGGCGACCUGAUGCGGAUCCACAGCUAUCCCGCAAAGGGCUUUCAAAUUCCACAGGUCAUCCCCAGGCCAGUUAUGGAGGCGGGUCAACGGCUGAUUGAUGCUGGCUAUACCCAACACCUUUCCUCAUGUCCGGCUGCAUUCCCCUUGGCGAGCUGA